CCACAGCCCGCGAUGCAUCUCACUGCGUUAAUCUGUUUGUUUUUCAAAGCCGUACAGUAAACGCUGAUGCGCGUUAACGAUUUUCUGUCUGCCAUGUGACCGCAUAACCCGCUCACAUGAGCGCCGGGUUGCGUUAUCCGCUUUAAGUUUGUUCGAGUCCCCUGAUCCAGCUGAGACUGACAGGAGUUGCCAUGGCGAGUGGCGGUGGCGAGCAGAAAGUGGUGCUGAUCACCGGCUGCUCCUCUGGGAUCGGACUGAGGAUCGCCGUGCUGCUGGCCAGAGACGAACACAAGCGUUACCAUGUUAUUGCCACUAUGAGAAACCUGAAAAAGAAGGACCAGCUGGUGGAAGCAGCGGGUGACGCGUACGGCAAGACCCUGACACUGCUGGCAUUGGAUGUGUGUAGUGAUGACUCGGUCAGGCAGUGUAUUGACAGUGUAAAGGACCGCCACAUCGACAUUCUCAUUAAUAAUGCAGGAGUGGGUUUGCUGGGACCUGUGGAGAGCAUCAGUAUGGAUGAGAUGAAGAAAGUGUUUGAGACCAACUUCUUCGGAACGGUGCGCAUGAUAAAAGAGGUCAUGCCAGACAUGAAGAAGAGGCGAGACGGCCACAUUAUCGUCAUGAGCAGUGUAAUGGGCCUGCAGGGUGUGGUAUUCAAUGAUGUCUACACGGCCUCUAAGUUCGCCAUAGAGGGCUUCUGUGAGAGUAUGGCUGUGCAGCUGCUGAAGUUUAAUGUCAAACUGUCUAUGAUCGAACCAGGCCCAGUGCAUACAGAGUUUGAAACCAAGAUGAUGGAAGAAGUGGCCAAGAUGGAAUAUCCUGGAGCAGACGCAGACACAGUCAGAUACUUCAAGGAUGUGUACAUUCCAUCAUCCAUCGAUAUCUUUGAGGCUUUGGGACAAAGACCUGAUGACAUCGCUAAAUGCACCAAGAAAGUGAUUGAAUCCAGCCGACCUCGAUUCCGGAAUCUGACCAACAACCUCUACACGCCCAUUGUGGCCAUGAAAUACGCGGAUGAGACCGGAGGACUUUCAGUGCACACAUUUUACAACCUGCUCUUUAACUUUGGCUCGCUUAUGCACAUUACCAUGAGCAUCCUCAAAUGCCUGACAUGCAACUGUCUGCGCAGACGCACCAUUUCUCCUGACUGAAGAGGGCAGCAGUGAGACGACGCACACACUCACACUUCCCUCAGUUUACUUUACAGCAGAAUAGGACACAACUCAAUGCAACAAGCAGGAAAAUACAAUACCUCAAAUGAGUAUUCCACAUUAAAACACAUUAUAAAAAAAAGGCAGAUUUGGAUUUUCAAAACAUGCACAUGUAUCGUUGUACUAAUGCUAGCAACUCGAUUCAUCAGAACAACUU